CCUCACUUCAUUCCAUAUACUUCACCUAAAAGCAAUCCCAAAUUCCAAAUCCCACAACACCGAAACCCUAAUUCCCAAAUUCUCUAAUCACCGUCUUCAACCAUGGGUUCCUCAGCGAUGGUUCUCGAUCCAAAACCUCUCACCGAACCACCACCCUCUCUUUCAUCCUCCUCCCCCGCCGACACCGAUUCCUCCUCCACCUCCGACGACCUCUACACCCUCCUCAAAUCCCUCCAACGCCAACUCGAAUUCAUCGACAUACAAGAAGAGUAUGUCAAAGAUGAACAAAAGAAUCUCAAACGCGAGCUUCUUCGUGCUCAGGAAGAAGUCAAACGGAUCCAAUCUGUUCCGCUUGUGAUCGGUCAGUUUAUGGAGAUGGUUGAUACCAAUAACGGGAUUGUUGGAUCUACGACUGGGUCGAAUUACUAUGUUAGGAUUUUGAGUACGAUUAAUCGGGAGCUUUUGAAACCUUCGGCUUCGGUUGCACUUCAUCGUCAUUCGAAUGCGCUUGUUGAUGUUCUUCCACCGGAAGCUGAUUCCAGUAUCUCGCUUCUUAGUCAGUCUGAGAAGCCUGAUGUUACUUAUAAUGAUAUUGGAGGAUGUGAUAUCCAAAAGCAGGAAAUUCGUGAGGCUGUAGAGUUACCUCUCACGCAUCACGAGCUAUACAAACAAAUCGGUAUUGAUCCACCUCGAGGUGUUUUACUAUAUGGUCCCCCUGGAACUGGCAAAACAAUGCUUGCGAAAGCUGUUGCUAAUCAUACCACUGCUGCUUUCAUCAGGGUUGUUGGAUCUGAGUUUGUGCAGAAGUAUCUUGGAGAGGGUCCCCGGAUGGUUCGUGAUGUGUUUCGUCUUGCAAAAGAAAACGCCCCUGCAAUUAUAUUUAUCGAUGAGGUUGAUGCGAUAGCUACUGCUAGAUUUGAUGCCCAAACAGGAGCUGAUAGAGAAGUACAGCGUAUCCUCAUGGAACUUUUGAAUCAGAUGGACGGUUUUGACCAGACCGUGAAUGUUAAAGUCAUAAUGGCAACAAAUCGUGCAGACACUUUGGAUCCUGCCCUCUUGCGUCCUGGAAGACUUGAUCGCAAAAUUGAGUUCCCUUUGCCUGAUAGACGCCAAAAGAGGCUUGUAUUUCAGGUUUGCACAGCAAAAAUGAAUUUGAGUGAUGAAGUGGACCUGGAAGAUUAUGUUUCCCGCCCUGACAAAAUUAGUGCUGCCGAGAUAUCUGCUAUUUGUCAAGAAGCAGGAAUGCAUGCUGUUCGUAAGAAUAGAUAUGUCAUACUACCAAAGGACUUUGAGAAAGGUUAUAGGACCAACGUGAAGAAGCCCGAUACUGACUUUGAAUUUUACAAGUGAUGACGAGGGUUUUUCUUAUUUGUCUGUGUACUUACGGUGCAGAAUAUAUAGUUUUAAUGGUUACAUUUCUGGAGUAAUUGUGGGUCAUCAAUGAUGAUGUAAUGUUUCCGACUCUUGCAUACUUUUCAUCCUGUUAUGUAAUGGAAUUAUUUAACUAAACGAUUAAAUUUAUUGUGUUAGAUUAAUACCGAA